AUGUCAGCUGUGAGAGAGCUGUCUGGAGGCACAAAUAUUAUUUACGAGGUGUUGUGGCUUCUGGAGGAGGAAGAGAAGAAAAGUGGCUGCCACCACAAGCCACUACCUCAGAGUGCCCCCGGAGGCAUCAUCGGGAUCGUGGGAGGCGUCAUCGCCGCCGUCUUCAUCAUCGGCGUGGCUGUCACCGUCAUCAUCGUCUACAGGCGGCAGCAGAAGAGCCGCUCCGACACCGACAACGACCUGAUUGACCUCCCUCCAUCCCACAAACCUGCCCCUCCACCAAAGAGGAAACAGGACAUGAAAAGCCACCUGACUCCAGAAGACAUCCAGGUGGUUCACUUGGACAACAUGAAACACGAGGAGGAGAUCCAGAAGUUCCCUCUGCAGGCUCCCUACUAUGACAUGGCAGCCCCCGAGCCCUCUCCCUACAGUGACAAACUGAACUUUGGAAAGUGUCACUCAGAGAUAUCGAAUGCGAGUGAUUACCUGACCCGCUGUUACUCACAUGAAGAUCGAUAUCUGGAGAAGAUCCCUCAUGUCUAUGCCCCCUUGUCAGACCUCCCACAAGAUCUUUAUCCUCACCAUUCCGACAUCUCCUUCUGCUGCCCACCUCCUGGCUCCCGGGCUCCUUACAUCUGUCCUAAGGAACAGUAUGUUUAAAGUGUCAACACUGCAAAAAAAAAAAACAAAAAAAAAAAGAAGAAACUCAUGGUUUUCACCUCUCCUGUGGCUCAACAACCAAGGCCUUCCAGCCCUCCCCUCCCUUUGCCAUUGCUCAUUUUAUUGAUUGGUUUUUAAAUCCGGGUGCAAUUGCCAUGAUUAGUUCCAAGUGUCUGCCUGGCUUGCUAACGCUCAAGGGAACACCCUGCCUUCUCCCACGUCCUCUCCAGUACCUGCAUCUUUCUUUUCUCCUCCUGGCUCUGUGUGUGCAUGUGUCUGUGGGUGACAGCUGCCCUGUGGUGGGUGGGGUGUGCCCAGCCCAGCCCCGUGUCCGUGGGUUUUCCCCUGUGUUGAUUCCUGCACUCCUCACGCCGGAGCAGCCGGGUGUGGAUCAUCCCCAGCCCUCGCUGCAGCUUCUGUGAGGUUUUACAGCACAGCCAGUGCUCAAAGCUGAGCCUGUGGCUUUUUAUUUCUUUUUUGUUUGUUUGUUUGUUUUCCUGCUCCUUUUCCCCCUUGGAAGUGGGGAUAGCAAAUCCCCGUUUGUGAGGAGCUGAACAGCCAAGAUUGCUGAACCAAAUCAUAAGAUGCUUAUAACGAAAGAUGCUCAAAACCAACCCAAAAAUAGAGAUCAGGACAUGGUUUAGGCGGUUUGUUUCUGUCCUUUUCCCUUCCUGCUCCCACUCCCAAUCUCCUGGAUUGACUCUUUUAAAGGAGACACAUUUUGGAGUCAACACAUUUGGAGAAAGCAUCCUUUAAAUAACAGGUCUGAUAACCUGAAACCCAAAGGAGAAAAUAAUUAUAAAGGAAAACAUUCUCUCUAAUUUUCCUUUCAAAGCCUAACGUGGCCCCCCACGAACUUUUCCCCCUUCUCUUCCUCACAUCUGUUGAUUGGAAUUUUAAAAUUAACUCAGGCAGAAUAUGAAGAAUAAAUCAGGAUUUCAGGUAAUCUCCUAGCUCUUAAUGAAGGAUAAAAGCCAAUAGAGGAAUUUGGUCUUUUAACUUUUAUAAAAGCAUCUUAGUUUUGGGACUACACCUUUUUUUGAUAUUGGAAUGUGUGUGGGUGUGUAAAUCCAAACGUGUACAUUCCUGUGACCACAAAGUGUUUUAGAGAAGGGAAUUUAUCUCCACAUCACAUUUGUGUUCACUUGUACUAGAGAAAAAAAUAUAUAAAUAUCGAUAUACACUUCAAUGUAUAUAAAAGGAAAGAAGAGGAAGAGGAGGAUGAGGAAUGAACAUCCUGCCUCAGAGCUUGGUUUCAGGGAUAACUCCCAUCUGUUUCACCCAUGGCAUGGAAGAGGUGAGGCUGGGAUGGUUCUGGACGAGGGGAUAAAUCUUUGUGGCCAGAGGGCAUUUCCUUGGCUUUGGCUCAGGGAAUUUCCUUGGCUCUGCCCAUCUGGCAUUCUGCAGGCACUAAAAUCCCUCUGGAAAACGGGAGGGUGCUGGAGCUGAGGGCAUGGGAGGGAGAGUGGGCACCACAGCCUUGCCCUGCUGCCCAGGCACCCAAAACCUGUCAGUGCUGCUGGGACAGGUGAGGAAUGGAACUCCCAGCAGGUGACAGCUCCUGUCAGGGGACGUGUGACCACACAGGUGUCCCAGCCCAGCUCCUGCACUGAGGCACCCGUUAAUCUUUGUUGAGCUGGAUCUCAGCAGCUCUGCCUGCUCUCUGCCCUUGCUGUGUCCCUGUCACCUCCAGCCUCGUCCUGCCUGUCCCUGCUCCUCCCCACAGCUGCACAUCUGGGCCACUCUGCCUCCCUGCAGCCUGGCAAACACAUCUGGACGGGGGAGAGGGGCUCACACCCUGCUCAGUCGGGCAGCACAGCCCUGGGGGGGAUGACACAAUGUGCAUGGAUCCCCCAGAAUGGCAAAAAUCACCCCCAGCUCUUCCCAGCCCUUGCCCAGAGCACGCUGCCACUCUGUGCUCGAGCAGGACAAGGUUUGGGGGGAGCUGCUGCACCUGGAGAGGUUUUUCCUGCUGGGAGGUGGCCUCACACUAAGGGACAGGUGGGUGCAUCAGCUGAGCCUCCUGGGGGUGCCUGGCUGGCUGAGGAGUGGAUGAAGGGGAGUUUUUGAUGCAUUUUUUGGCCAAGCUGGAAUGGGCAGCAGCAGCUCUGCCAUGUGCUGGUGCGUGGAGCACCCUGAUUCCCAAAGGAUCAGGGGAGGAUCAUCAGGACACAGAGCACUCCACACAACUUUUCAAUCCCAUCCUGCCAGUCCUGACUGAUGCAAACCUUCCUGGAAUCAUUUGUAGUCACGUUUCCUCUGGCAGUCUCCAGAGGAUGCAGCCGGUUGUUCCCUCACACCAAAGGACUCCAGUGCUCCAGGUCUCUGUCAGAAAAUGCAUUUUUCUCUCUGGUAUUCUCCCCAACACACCUUGGGUUACCAUGGAGCUGGAAACUGGGUGUGCUCUGAACCAAAGGCACAGCCACCACGCUGAAUCUGCCAAAUCUGCCUUUGCUCCCUCUCUUUGGAAAGGUGAGGAGGUGCUGGAAGCCCCACGGGUCUCUGAUGUCCUGGAAUCAACCCAGCCCCACUGACCAUGAGGACAAAGCAAGCAAAACCCCAUUCCAAGCUUCCCUACCUGCAUGCCUGGAACAGCAGAGCUCUGCCUGUACCGUGGUUUGAUUUGGAGCCUUCACCUGAUGUGGUUUCAGACAGAUCCAGGAAUUUAAAUGAGAAGUGGAAUAUGUUCAGGUCUUCAGAUACAAGAGGAAAGAAGCCAGACAAAAUGAUUGCUUGCCAGAGGAGGCUGAGAACACGUUGCAGGUGGUUUUCUCUGCUGCCCAUGUCGGGGACAAAGGUGCUUUGAUGAGCAAGGGGAAGGCAGGGAUACAAACUGCAGCAUUACAGAAAAACUCUGCUUGCCUUGUGCAGCUUUGAAUCUCAGCUGCCCACAGAAGCCUGCCACAAAGGGUUUUAGUGGGCUUGCAGCAAAGCAAAAGGAUUUCAAUCCUCCCUGAAAAGGUAAAAGGCAGGAGAAGCCUCAGUUCAAAGCAGUAGCUUGACUUAUGCCAGCACAGGUGUUUAGUCUAGGAAUGCCUUGGUUCUCUCUGCCUCUCCUGAAGAGCUGGUUUGAUCUCAAAAAAUGGCAAGAGGGACUCACCACACGCCACCAAAUUCCUCUGAGCCCUAGGGAAAAGGGGGAACCCUGAAGGACAGCCCUGAAGUAAGAAAUAGUGAGUCCAGUGCUUUGGUUCUACAAACCUGUGCUUGGGAAUGUUCUGAUUCAGGGCUCUUGUUCCUCCCUCCCUCUCCCUGCUGUCACCCAGUGUUUGCCCAAUGGCUCUUCCCAAACUUCCCUGGGCUAAAUCCUCACUUUGCUCCAGGAUAAGGCUGCCCACACCCGGGGGGAGCUUGCAGGUGCUGGAUCAGGGCCAGGGGGAGGUGUUCUCCUGCUGGCACGGUGCCAAUUGACUUUAGGAGAUUCCCUGCUCUGGAGACUGAGCCACCCAGCAGCGCUGCUGGGCGUGGAUCACUGGACAAGUCCAGCUGGAAACUGGUGGAGUGGGAUCCAGUGGGCUGGGAGGAACUGGUGUCGUAGGAUAGGGAGUCAUUUAGGUUGGAAAGACCUCUAGGAUGGAGCUGUUCUUCCUGUUACCAGGGUGAAAUGUCACGGGUUCUGUUCCAUGUGUUGGUGGCACUGACACCAGAGCUCUUGCAGAUGGAAAAGACUGAUCACAGAACUUAAAUAAAAGUGAGCUGAAGAGUUA